AUGGCACCCAUAACUUUCCCAUCGGAAAACACCAUCACCGACGCAAAUAAAACUACGGAGCCAAAAACGGGAUCCAAUGAAGGGAGUUUAAUGGUGCCUUCAUUCGAGCCCUUUGAAUUUAAAGGACAAUCAGACACCAAAGACUUGGGCCUCACCUGGAGUGCACCCUUCCCGCUUGCCAUCAACGUUACCAACACCAAAACCAUUCACCAGGCCGUAUCCUUCAUCCGAAAUGUCACGGAGAGCGGCCAGCUGCGGGGUCUUAUAAAAGAGCAUGGUGGUGCCAUCCUUAUUCGCGGCCUCCCCCUCAAAACUCCUCACGACUACAGCAAAGUCGCCCAUGCAUUCGGGCUAAAGCCUCAUACCGAAGUUGGGAGACCACCGCUACGGACAGUGUUGGCGCCUAAUGUGAAAACAGCAAAUGAGGGACCACCAGAGCUUCCCAUUUGGCCUCAUAAUGAGUACGGAUGGUCCACUAUCAACCCUGCGUGGUUGACGUUCAGCGCGCUCAAGGUCCCUGAGCAAGGCGGUGCAACGCCGAUUACAUCCUCGAUUUACAUUGCCAAACGGCUUUCGGAGCUUGCUCCCGCAUUUUUGGCAGAUCUGCGUCGGCUAGGAGCCAAGUACACGUAUCGAUAUACGUCGAAGCAGCUGGUAUCUAAUACUGGAAACAGCGUCCGCGGAGCUUAUGGGCAGCAUGUCAGCGACGAUGAUGAAGUGGAGACUUUCCGGCUGAAGAUCGAGGCCGAGGUGAAGCGUCAUAGUGAGCACUUUGAAUGGCAUGAGGAUGGGAGCUUGAGCGUCACUCAUGUUGUGCCUGCGAUUCGUAUUCACAAACCUACAGGCGCCGCGGUUUUCUUUGGAAAUAUAACUUCUGCUUGGGGUCGUAGUAGAUACCACGGCGCCACGAGGCAUCCAUUCUUUGGGGACGACGGAUCAUAUCAUCCGCCACCGCAGUUUGGAGAUGGGACUCCGAUGAAGGUAGAAGAUCUUGACACGUUGCUGGAUAUUGCGGAGAAAAGUGCUAUUAUGAUCCGAUGGGAACAGGGUGAUUUGGUUAUACUCGAUAAUUACGCGGUUCAACAUUCCCGACAGCCUUGGAUUGGUGAGCGGCAGGUUCUUGCGGCCUUGUGGGAUGAUGGUGGACGAGUUGGCGAUUUUCCUGAGGGGCUUGAGCUCCUGAGGUAUGCUCCAAGAGUGCCAGUUGCAGGGCCAGGGGCGGAUUAG